GCGCCGGGGGCGCCGCCGCUUAGCCGAUUCCCCCCCCACCCGACCAUAAUAGACCCUCCCUCUGCGGCUGCUUCCCGAGGGGCCGUACCUCCCGCUCCGCCGCCGCUCCCGCUCCGCCGGGGCUCAGUCCAGAAGGGCGAGGCGGAGCCAAUCGAUCGGCGGAAUUGGGCGGGGCCGGAGGAGGCAGGGCGCGCGGCGAAAGAAGCGGAGCGCCGAAUCAUCGAUCGGAGCCGGGGCCGGCGAGGACUCCCUCCCCCUUCUACUGCUGCUUCCACUUCCUGUGCCGCCGGGGGCCCCUGCAGAUGCCCGGGGCCGGGCGAUGAGCAAGGGUGCCGGGGGCUGCUGAAGGAGGACGCUCACCGGGACGGGCUGCUGCAUCCAGCAUCUUCCUGCCCGGCUCAGACCCCACCACCCCGCGCCCUCCCCAGCCCCGAGAUGGCCUUUCAGAGGAACCAGAAGCUGAAUCUGCUGAGGCUGGCCGUGUUGCUCAUCGUGGCCCUGGCAGGGGUCAAGUUCCUCUUCCGAGACAGCCUCACCCUGGAGCUGCACAGACACACAGGCCAAGGUGGCGGGUUCUGGGGGCGGGCCAGGGGCUCCCACGAGGAGCCGAGGGCCCAGGGGCCACCUGGAGCCCCACCCGCCGCCCAGCGCACCGAGCCACGGCCGGAGCCGCCUCAGCGCCCACAGCGCCCGCAGAACCCAGUGUCGAGCGGGGCAGAGAACAGGCUGGUCCAUCUGGACCUGAAGGGGGCCGCCCCCAAGAUCUCCUACCUGGAGCAGCUUUUCCCACUGCUGUCCCAGCUGGGGGCAACCGGGGUGCUGGUGGAGUAUGAAGACAUGUUCCCCUUCCAAGGGGACUUGGGAAUUCUCCGCUCCCCCUACGCCUACAGGUCAGCGGGCUGGGGCCGGAGGGAGGCCUGGGGUUGCCCCUCCCCCUGGGACUCUUGGGCUACAGACAGAGGAAGCCUGGGAGUCCAGUGCCCCCUGGGCUCCUUCUGCAAGGUGGGGCUUUCUCCUGCCGAGGGGAGGUUGGGGAGGAAGGAGAGGCAAGAGUAACCUUGGUGAUGGGAUGUGCUUAGUGGCCAUCGGGUGCAGUGUACUGAGUGCUCGGGAGAUACCACAUAAGCAGGGGACCCGUUCCCGGCUCUUCAGGAGCUUGUCCAGAGAGAGAGGGGGAUAGGUCUC